AGGAGGAAGGAAGGGAGGAAGGGAGUCGGUGGGGAUGGGAGGACGGUGGUGGAAGAAGAAGAGAAGAUGAAUCCUGAAGGUCUUGAUAUGUGAGAGGAGGGAUGUUGUAAGUGGAGAAAGACAAACAGAAAGAAGUUUUGGGGAAGUUUGGGAAACAAAGAGGCGCAGUGAGAAGGGGGUGGCAGGAAGAAAGAAAAACAACUGGGGAGUCCACAUGUGAGGUGUUUUUAAAGUGUAUGUCGAAGCAGCGCUGAAGCAGAGCCAGGAAAAGGGGAAGGGCCUCCGUCUCCUCCUUCUCCAGCUGACAAAAACAGCUGCCUGGUAGAGGACGGAGGAAAGACCAAGCCGGAGAGAGGAGGAAGGAGGAGGUGGAGGAGGAUACAGACCACCAGACCCAGGACACCCUCCACCCAUAUGGGUUGCGUCCUGAGCUCGGACUGGUGUGGGGAGGGAGAGGUGCGACCGGUGCCGGUGGUCCGGAGCUCGUCCCUGAAGAGAAGGAGUCUGGAGAGGAGCGAGAGCGGCAGGAUGAGGCUCACCAAGGCUGGGAAGGGGGAACCUCACGUCUUCAAGGAGAAGACUUUCAAAAAGAAGCGUCAGUGCAGCGUCUGUCGGCAGAACGUCGACAGCGUGGGCUCGUUCUGCAGAGUUUGUAAAACAGCCACUCACAGGAAAUGCGAGGCGAAGGUGACCUCUGCUUGUAUCCCGGCUCCCUCCAACGAUCUGCAGCGUAGAGGGACGACUCCUUCUCGACACAUCCAGCACCUGGGAUCCACUAAGUCUUUAUCCUACACCAAACAGAGAAACACUCUUCCCAGGAGCUUCAGCGUGGACCGGGUGAUGGAGCGAGUGAUGGAGCGCCACUACGACUUCGACCUGACCUACAUCACGGAGAGGAUCAUCUCGGUGUUCUUCCCUCCGAGGCUGGAGGAGCAGCGCUACCGGCUCAACCUGAAGGAGGUGGCCGCCAUGCUCAAGUCCAAGCACCAGGACAAGUUCCUGCUCCUGAAUCUGUCUGAGAGGCGCCACGACAUCAGCAGACUCAACCCAAAGGUCCACGACUUCGGCUGGCCCGACCUCCACGCCCCGCCGCUGGAUAAGAUCUGCGCCAUCUGUAAGGCCAUGGAGACCUGGCUGACCUCGGACCCUCAACACGUGGUGGUUCUGCACUGCAAGGGAAACAAAGGAAAAACCGGCGUCAUCAUCGCUGCUUACAUGCACUACAGCAAGAUCUCUGCAGGGGCUGAUCAGGCUCUCAGUACUUUGGCCAUGAGGAAGUUCUGUGAGGAUAAGGUGUCGUCGUCUCUGCAGCCGUCUCAGAACAGGUACAUCUACUACUUCGGAGGUCUUCUCUCCGGAGCGAUAAAGAUGAACAGCAGUCCGUUGUUCCUCCACCAGGUUCUCAUCCCGUCGCUGCCCAACUUCCAGGGAGAAGGAGGUUACUUCCCCUUCCUGAAGAUCUACCAGUCCAUGCAGCUGGUCUACACCUCGGGCAUCUACGACCUCCAGGGAACCGGAGGACGACGUCUCUGUGUGACCGUGGAACCGGCACUGCUGCUGAAAGGUGACAUCAUGGUGAAAUGCUACCACCGCCGCUCCCAGACGGCUGACAGAGACACGGUGUUCCGGCUGCAGUUCCACACCUGCACCAUCCAUGGAUCCCAGCUGUGGUUUGGGAAAGGAGAGCUGGACGAGGCCUGCAUGGAUGAGCGUUUUCCAUCUGAUGCCACAGUGGAGUUUGUCUUCUCAUCUGGACCAGAGAAAAUCAAAGGCCGUGAAUACCAGAAGAACGAUCCGGCCGUUACAGUCGACUACAACACGGCAGAUCCGGUGGUCCGCUGGGAUUCCUAUGAGAACUUCAACCAGCGAUACCAGGACAGUCUGGAGGACAUCGCCCACACCAGAGGUCCCCUCGACGGCAGCCUCUACGCCCAGAUAAAGAAGCGUCGAGGUCCUGGUUCCGGUUCUCUCACCUCCACCAACGGCAGCAGCCCAGGAGUUGGCCUCGCAGAAGACCGGCCAGAUCAUCUUUACCCUCAAGGUUCUGACUCCGCCCUCUCGGCCCAUUCCCUCCACCUGAACCAGCUGUCCAUCCACCCGGACCACCAGGAGGAGCCCGUUGGCCCGCCGCCCCCGACCAGGCAGGAACGGGAGGAGCUCGAGCGUCUCCUCGGCGGCAUCGAGGGGAACCGGGACGGAGAGCGAGAGACGGCCAUCUUAGACGACGGAGAUUCUCUGCCAUCGGAGAGAACCGGGACGCUGAGGCUGAACCGGUCGUGUUCCUGCCGGGACGGUUACCGAUCCCAGCGUUGCGCCGAACCGGGAUGCGACCGAACCCUCCUCAUGCCCAACGGCUACUGCCUCGACCGGGCUCCCGGCACCAACGGGCACCACGGGGCGACUCCUUCUGCUACCCCCAACCCAGCUUCCCCACCGUCCCACAUGGAUCUGUGCCAGCACUACACCCACUCCCACCAGUCGCUGCCGCCUCCGGACCUGGUGUGGGACCGUCAGAGUGGACCACCGCACUACCUGCACCGGUCCUGCUCGGAAGCUCCGUCAUCCCGACACAUCUGUCCUUACCCAACGCCAGACCUCACCCCCCACCCCCACAACCAUUCCCACCACCACCCUCUAUCUGCCCCGGGUCGCCUCUGCUGUCGGGAAGACGACUACGCCCCCUACCACCACCCACUCCCACCUCAUGGCCACCACCAUCCCCACCACCCAAAACCCUCCACCAGCCCGACCUACCACGAUAUAAUGCUGAUGGACGGUCUGCCACCCCCUGGCUGCCCCUGCAGGGACUGCAGCAUCCGGAGGGAGGACUCGGCGGCCUAUCACAGCUUGAGGUUGGACCGCAACGACAGCUUCCACUGGGACCGAGAGGCGGAGCUUCAGCAGAGGGAGGUGGGGCUCAGAAGACCCAGGGAAGCGGAGGUUCCCCGGGGGUCGGAGCUGCAGUGGGAGAGGGAUCCUGGGCUGAGACGAGGCCGGGAACUGUCCCUCCACUGGGAGCGAGACAGGGAGGCUGAGCUGCAGUGGGAGAGGGACCGAGAGGCCGAAUAUUGGCACCGGAGAGCCACCGUCACCUCUUACGGUCCGCAGGGCCACGAUCUUCCAGCCUUCACCUUUGACCCAUUGCCGUCAGGUCACCCGGCGUACCCAGAAGCAUCCAGAUCUCACGCUCAUUCCCACCUGGAUCUGAAGUACAGCAGCAGCAGCAGUGGCUACCAAACGCCCCGUCAGGUUUGCCCCUGCUCGCCUUACCAGCCCUCGCCGUCUGAAAGCAGGGGAUACGCCUCGGGGUACCAGUCUGAGUCCACAUCGCCGCUGCCCCCUGCUUCCUCCAUGACGGGGCCCUGCAGCCAUAGCAACGGGCCGCCGGAGCACAACCACCAUCAUCAUCACCACCAUCCAGACUGUCAGCAGUCAUACAGCUCUGACUCACACACUGAUGGCCUUCGCAGCUCUGGUGAAAGUGUUGGGUGGAGGGAUCACAUCACCCACGGGUCCUUUAAGAGGGUCCACAGAGAUGGUCACGCUGCCUGUUCAACGCCAUCCGACAUGUCCGGACCGCCCACCCCCGUCCACACCAGCAGCCCACUACGUACACAGGAGAGCCCCAGUCCAGGAGGGAGAGAAUAUGACAUCCGAACUACAGACAUCAUUGGCAGCGACUACGAGGCCCCCCAGCCCCAGGAGGGACACUAUCGCGCAAAUAACAUUGUCCAGGAAUCUUCCGAAAGCCAAAGAAGCAGCAGAGAGUCGUCGCUGCAGCCAGUCGCCAAAGAAACCCACACAGCCACGUCUCAACAAGCAGAACCCCAAAACCACAAUCCUGCACCGACAGACCCCAGCGCCCCCCAGCAGCAGGACUGUAGCCCCUCUGUAGACUCUGUGGCACCAUCAAACCAGAGACACUGCCAGGUUCCAUCCUCCCCCGUCCACGCUUCGCCUGCCCCAGAUACACCCCCACAGCCCCUCAACCUCCAGACCAUCAGUCCUUCAGAAGCUGCUGCCGUCCCACAGCCCCAGCCUCGGACCCAAAGCACCAGCUCGACAGGAUCAGCACAGGUCGGUGGAUCUUCUCCAACCAGAGAACCCCAACCAGAAGCCCCUAAAUCUACCACCUCCCACCCAGCAUCUCCUCCUCCAUCAUCAUCCCCACAGCCUGCAUCCAGCAGCGUGGAGGGUUCUCCCAUCUCCGACACCCCAGUUCCAGGUUUUGCCACCCUAGGCAGGAGGUUGAUGCUGAGCGGGUCUGAACCCCACCAGCAGGGACCCCCACAUCACCACUACCCAGCCAUGGAGCACACUGCCGCCGUGGAUGCUAACAAGAGGCACUACUACCCCGGUCAUGCCCCACAGCUCCACCCGCCCUCCUACUCCAACUACUCCACCAUCUCCAUCCCCCUUCCUCACCCCCAGCCACCCCUGCCGGAGAAGCGCCACCUGUCCGCCCCGUCAGGUUCACCCGGCGAUGGGUCGAGGCCAGCCAUCGGCCACGUGACUCCCCCCACCCAGCAUCAGCACCAUGUCACGUUUUCUCCCACUGUGGGGGAAAUUGCACCACCUGCAGGCCAAAAUGACGCAUCUGUAGAGGCUGAGAACAGGGUCAGCGUGAAGUUUGUCCAGGACAGUUCAAGGUUCUGGUACAAGCCUGGGAUCUCCAGAGAACAAGCAAUCGCAGCUCUGAAGGAAAGAGAGCCGGGAACCUUCCUGAUCAGGGACAGUAACUCCUUCCAGGGGGCUUAUGGUCUGGCCCUGAAGGUGGCAACACCUCCGCCCAACAUCAACAGCAGCAAGAUGAGCGACCCUCUGGAGCAGCUGGUGAGACAUUUCCUGAUCGAAACCGGCCCUCGAGGAGUCAAGAUUAAAGGAUGCCAGAAUGAGCCCUACUUUGGGAGUCUGUCUGCAUUAGUCUACCAACACUCCAUCACACCCAUCUCUUUGCCCUGCUCUCUGAAAAUCCCAGAAAAAGAUCUGAUUGGGGAGGUGCAGGAGGUUCAACCAGUCAGUAACAUCAGUACAGCUGCUGAUCUGCUGAAACAAGGAGCAGCUUGUAACGUCCUCUACCUGAACUCGGUGGAAACAGAGUCUCUGACUGGCCCUCAGGCCAUCGCCAAGGCAACAGAUGCAACGCUGGGUCGAAACCCACGACCUGCAGCCACCGUGGUGCAGUUCAAGGUGACGUCGCAGGGAAUCACACUGACCGACAGCCAGCGCAGAGUUUUCUUCAGGAGGCAUUAUCCCGUUAACAGCGUAACGUUCAGCAGCAUCGAUCCAAAGGACAGGAGGUGGACUAACUCAGACAACACAACCGUUAAGGUGUUUGGUUUCGUAGCCAAGAAGCCUGGCAGCUUGGCGGAGAACGUCUGCCACUUAUUCGCCGAGUUGGACCCCGAACAGCCGGCGUCCGCCAUCGUCAACUUUAUCAACAAGGUCAUGUUGUCGCAGCGCCGAUAGAUGAAGGAAACCAAACUCUGUCCGUUAAGUUAGCGACGAGACAAAGAUUUCCUCAUAGUUUGCCGUCUGAAAAUCUUUGUCCCUACUAGUUGUUUUUUUUCCAUUUGUUCGUUUUCUAAGCCAUGAUGUUAAGUGUUACAACUCUUCAGAGGAUGAGGAGGCUUCCCAAGAAAACAACAAGCAUCUGUCAGGGGCUGCUGUCUUGAAGCAACGUCAGCUUUGGUCAUAGAUCAAAAAGUCAACUCGCUUUGAACAAGAGUGGAUCAGUGUGGUGGCUAAAGCUAAAUGCUCAAUUUAAGUUGAGGUUUGCAAACUUAAAAGUCAAAUUUAAGAAAAAUUAUCAGGGCACAAGUGUCGAGUUCCUAAUAAAAUGGCAAGACUCGAAGAAAUUCAAACUUGUUCAAACAAUAUUCUUCAUAUAUGAUUUAUUCCUUUAAUUAUGAAUUAUUCUCAAAAUAUUGAUCUUUUUUGCCUUCAAAUUGCAGCUUUAGUCUCGUAAAUGACUUUUCUCUUAAUUACAAUAUAAUUUAUCUCAGACUUUUUUUCUUCAAAUUACCACAAUAUUACAAUUUUUUUUUUUGUAAAGCCUUUAACUGCAAAAUUAGGACUUAAUUCUCAGAAUUCUUUUUUUUUUAACUACUCUGAAUGAAUGUGUCCGAUAAUCACUUUCACUGAACAGUAGGAUGCCUUAAACCCUCACAAAUGUAGCAGAAAAGUGCCUCAAAGUCCAAAAACAAUCCAACAUCAUCACUUUUUUACGCUCUAAAGCCGACGCUGAACUUCCUUCAUGACGGCAGCCACCUUAAACGAUGCUUAAAUGAAGUUUUUAUCGUCCUAGAGGAUAUUUCCUUGCACUGUUUUUAAGGUUCAACCUUCAGACGUGAUACUGGCGGUGUUUAUAUUUGUUCCAGAGUGACCAAAGCCCUGAUCUGAUGGUGUUUAUUUACUUCCUGUAGAGAUGUUCUGAUAUUUACAGCCACUCUUCGCCUUCCACAGCACCUUUACCAGCAUGUAAUCGACAAUCACGUUUUUUUUAUUCCACUAUACCGCUAACGAGAGGUGUAAUUAAUGAAGGUAAACCCGAAUGUGAGGUUUUUUUUAACCUUUAAUCUUUAAGGUGUGUGUGAGAAGAGGAGGCAGUGAGGGUGUCAGGUAAAGGUGUUGUUAGGUGAAACGGGGAAAAAAGCUCGACGAGGAGGACGUGAGAAUCAAAAGUUAAAGCGACGACACGGCCUGCAGACGGACGUACUUAACCAAAGACGAAGCACUCUUGUAUUAAUAAGCUUUUUAUCCAGCUAUAUUUUUGUACUUUUAAUUGCUUCCUGUAUUUUUUACUAUGCAUUCAUUUAGACGUGUUGCCUCGUUUGGUUAGAAGAAAGAAGAAACAACACUACUUGUAUUACAGCGAUAAUAUAUUGUGGUCCGUUUUCUAUGUUAUGUAGUAAUAUAUUUUCACAUGCAGCUAUAGGACAGCGGAUGAGACAUGGAAGAGGAGACAUUUGUGCGUUUGAAAAAGGAUAUUAUGCUAUUUUGUAUGCAAAAAAAAGAAUUAAACUGAAAUGAUGUGGUACCUAAAA